UAUUAACACAGUAAUGGUUUAGAGUAAUUUUCAUUGUUUUUAUCCUAAAAGUCUGUUAACAACAAGUCCUAAUUACAGCUUUAAUAAGUCUAGUCAACAUUGUCAUUUGUCAAUAUUUUUAUUGUGAAAUUGUGUAUUGAUUGUGUCUAAAUGUGUGUUGUCUUAUUUGUAGUUUUUUACCCUCUUCCGAGAGGUUUGUGCCCAAAUAAAACAUUAAACAGUACAGUAAAAAAUCCAUUACCCGGACACAGACUCGUCGACAGUAUGGUGGAUGCUCCGGCAUUAAGACAAUCUAGGACCAUCACUUCAGUAGGGAUGGAAGAAUUCGAUGAGAAAGUUAACAGACACGUUUCUAAAUUGGGAAACAUUAAGAGAGACAUUGAUUCCAUUUUUAUGGACAUUGCUGAAAAUCCUGUCAUGAACCUCGAACGGGCCAAGAUGUACAAAACCUCGCUCACCAAAUUUAUGAAACAAUAUGAAAAAGCUUCGGGAGAAUAUGCGGCUUACUUACAGGGUCAGCGGCAUGAAGCUGCUAAGAGAGAGGAAACCUCGAGGGCAUUUAUUGCAAAUGUACUGCAAGAAAAAGUUUCAACAGUAUUGAAACAGUUGAACUCCAUACUUCCAGUUCCUAGGGCGAAAUCACAGAUGUCCGGACACAGCCACAUCUCCGCAUCGUCACAUCUCACAUCUGUGAUACUCCAACACACAGCGAAAGUUGAAGAAGCCCGCGCAAAGCUUAAAUACGCUAAGGAAGAAGCAGAGUUGAUGAGAAAAGAAGCAGAGAUAAAGGCAGCCCAGUGCUUACUUUCGGUCAAGAAAGAAUUUGAUGCGGCAAAAUCAAGUCUAAGUGCUAUUAAGAUGGUUCUUGAUUAUGACAGAAAAUCCAAGAGAACUUCUGAACACUAG